CUGUAUUUCAAUUUUUCUCUAGUUGCACCCGAAUUCCCCGGUGGAGGCAUCAAAGAUCUCCGCCUCAAAGUUGGUGAAACCAUCAAAUACGAUGUGGCUAUUACUGGUGAGCCCCUUCCUGAAGUAUCAUGGGUCGUCGACGGAAGGCCGUUGAAACCCGUUGGAAGAGUAAAGAUGAGCACAGAAAGAGGAAAGACGAAGUUGAAGAUAGAAAAUGCGGAAAGGUCUGACUCUGGAACAUUCGUCAUUAUUUUGAAAAACGCCAGUGGUAUGGCCGACAGUACGGCAAGGGUUACCGUAGUCGGUCGACCUACCCCACCAAAGGGACCACUUGACAUCACUGAUGUACAUGCAGAUGGAGCAACACUAUCGUGGAACCCGCCAGAGGAUGAUGGUGGAGAUCCACUGACUGGUUAUGUGAUCGAAGCCCAAGAUAUGGACAACAAAGGCAAAUAUGUCGAGGUUGCUCGCGUCGAUGGAAAAACUACAGAAGCCAAAGUCAAAGGCCUGAGGAACAAAGGAAACUACAAAUUCAGGGUAAAAGCCGUAAAUAACGAAGGAGAGUCAGAACCACUGACAGCUGACCAAUACACACUGAUCAAA